GAUUUGGCCUCAGUGACAGCUGGGAGCGAUUGGGUCGAGUGGAGUUACCUGACGCGCGCUCUAUCCCGAUCGACUUUCACUCAUACUUCAAAUAGCAGUCUAUUAUUCACUCUCGUAGCGUCGUGUUAUCGGUUUGUGUAUCAAGCGCAUGGACUCGCGACGCGAUGGUACACUCGCGCAGUUUACUUCCUUUAGAAUUUGAUUCAGUCUUUUAAAGAUCCAACACUUGGCGAUUCUUAUUUCGCAUGAUUUGUGUGUGCUCUGCUAAGGACGAACACGCGUUAGAGUGUUAAAUUUCACACCUUCACAUACUCUCAAGUAAUAUGCCGAAAUCGAAGACAAAUUAGGGGCUAUACAGUCGGUGAAUCCUGCUUUUCCUUGGCGCACACUGAACUCCAAGGAUGGCCAGCGCACUAGGUCAAUUCCUCCAUGAAGAAGAUCUCGACGAGGCAAUGAGACUGGCGAAAAAGCUGGACUACGAAAAGUUAGACGAAUAUGAUAAGAAGAUGGUGACAAGUAUUUUAGACUGUAACUGGGACGAAGAGCACCUUAUGGUUUCGAACCUACUACACGCCCCACACAUCAUCCCUAAAGAUGUGCGUCUAAAAACUAUAAUUAAGGGAUUACGGGAAGAGAAACAGCCGUAUUACGCCUUAGCGGCAGCCACUGGCAUAACGAGCUUGAAGCUAGAUGGCGCGGAAGCAGAUCAGAUUAUCGACCUUUUGAAGAAUUGCUCUACACAUCAGCGAGGCACGAUCGCUAUUCGCGCGUUUAUGACGCUGGCAGGGCUUCUCAAGCACCCGCAAGAUACAGAUUUCGUGGUGAAAUUCAUGCAUAAGGCGAACUCGAAUCUGCGAUAUAAUUCACUGGACUGGCUGAUUGCGAACGUAAGAGAUAAAAAUGAGAUUAUUGGGCUCCUGCAAGACAAACAUAUUCCAGACGAUGUCAGACAAGAGGCUAUUGACAAAGUCAACACAGUGUUUUUAGAAAAAGAAGAUGAGCUUCAAAGCAAUGGUGAGAACUGGACCACCGAAGAACUGCAUCAUUACACGUUUGUCCCGAACUUGGCAGAAUUCGAGGCCAUGCUGACGAAAGAGCAAACACUUGCUGAACUGUUUACUGAGCUAGAUACAAACAAAGACGGUUUAAUAUGUGCUAAGGAGCUAAAGGAAUUCUGCGAUGAUAUUGGCCAAGACAUAAGCCUUGACCAAGCCAAGCAAGAUAUCGCUUUGGUGGAUACAAAUAACGACGGCAAAAUAGAUAAAGACGAGUGGGUAGAACUCAUGUUUCCAAAAUUCAACAUUCAAUAACGGUUAAUUUACAGACAGUAAUAUCGGAACUAGUGUAUCCGCUGACCGGAGGAGUGGAAGUGAAAAGAACAGAAAAAAAUAGGCGCGCCUGCGGUAACUCAGCACAGCAGCAGCCUAUGGUAGAAGUACUGGAUUUGAACGACUUGGCUGUAGACUUCGAAAAAACUCGCGAGCAAAACAUUGGAUAGUAUUUAAAUACAGUGGAUGGCAUUAAGACAGGGCAAAUGCCUAUUUUAUGUGCCGUUCAUUGCAAUUGUAAGAAAAUAAGUGGAUUGUUUCGUGUUCUUUAACAUGCAUUUGCAUUUGAAACUGCACACGAAAGGAACGGCUCUUACCCAGGCCCAUUUAUACACAUGCGCAGUUGCAAAAUUGCCCUACAAAGUUUGCAGACGUAAUUGCAAUAACACGACGUGUCAUAAUUAUUAAAAACUUGUUGUACAUUGUUCGACCAAAUGAGACGAGUUUCUCUUGGUGCUAGAAGAUAGUUUACCUUGAAAUGUAGCCUUGAGGCUUCUUAGUAGGUGAAAAUAACACUGUUCCUAGCUUUUCUGGUCAGUUAGCAUGAGUUUGAAAGUUCUUAAUCUAAUGUGCAUGGAACACAUUGUUAUUGUGAAUGAUAAAAAAUAUUAAAUAACAAUAAAACUAAAUAAAUGAAUAUGUGGUCGAA